CCACUGCUUAAAUAAAAUAUGAUUUAAAAAUAUAUCAUUCUAAAAAGUUUAUGACAGUUCUAUGUAUAUAAAUUCUAUUCGUAACCGAGCCACCUUAACAUUUACUGUCAAAUAUCGAUAAUUAUCAUAACGCGCAAAACAGGUUGUUUUUGUCCCAGAAAAGUAUUAUUGCCAAAAUGAGCAAUACUGAGCAUUUAACUACUGGCUCGGCAAAGCCAAUAUUUCCGGAUGAUGGGAUUCUUAAACUGUAUUCUAUGCGCUUUUGUCCCUAUGCACACCGAGUGCACCUGGUUCUGGAUGCCAAGAAGAUUCCCUACCACGCUAUCUACAUCAAUCUUCGCCAGAAACCCGAGUGGUUCCCCCUGGUGAGCAGCUCCACAAAGGUGCCGGCACUGGAGCUGGUAAAGGAACCGGGUAAGCCUGUUCUGAUCGAGUCGCUGAUUAUUUGUGACUACCUGGAUGAGAGGUUUCCGGAGGUGCCAUUGUAUCCCAAGGAUCUGCUUAAGAAGGCCCAGGAGAAGAUUUUAAUUGAACGUUUUGAACAGUUCAUCAGCGACUUCUACAACCUGGUGCUGCACAAAAAUCCCGAGCAGCUGGUUGACAUCGAUCACUACGCCGGUCUGGUCGCUUACGAAGAGGAACUGAAGCAACGUGGUACCAAGUUCUUUGGUGGCGACAACCCUGGAAUGCUAGACUACAUGAUGUGGCCCUGGUGCGAGCGGUUUGCCGCUAUGAAGUUCAGUUUUGAUGAAAAAUUCGAACUGAGUCGGGAACGUUUUCCCACUUUGAUUAAGUGGCGCGACUUGAUGCUCCAGGAUCGUGCUGUCAAGUGCUUCUAUUUGGAUGGACAGACUCAUGCCAAAUACAUGGAUUCCCGGCGAUCGGGCAAUGCCGAUUACAAUAUGCUAUACAAUGAGGCCAAACGUGUCAAAUUGGGUUAGUCAACGGGCUGAUGGCAUUUAGGCUUCAGCAUUGUACAUAUUAUUGCACUUAAAACUUUGUACCUAUUACGGCAGCAUUAUUGUGAUUGAAAAAUAAAUCAUAGCAUUUUCACUGUU